AUGAAUCAUUCUGGGAUGUUUAUUUGUGUGACUCUCUUGACUCUCUACUUUAUGGAACCUCAAUCAGGACAAUUACAGGUGGUUGGUCCAGAAGCUUCUCUUGUUGCUGUAGCUGGUGAAAAUCUGGUUCUACCCUGUUUUAUCAAACCGAACACCAGUGCUGUGGACAUGACAGUGGAGUGGAUGAGAAUAGAGGAAGUGGCUUCAUUAGUGCAUCUCCAUAAGAAUCAUGAAGACAGAAAUGAAGAUCAGGCGCAGUCCUACAGAGGAAGAACAUCACUGUUUAAAGAGGAGCUACAGAAAGGCAACGCUUCACUCAAACUGUCAGAUCUCCGACUCGCUGAUGAAGGAGAAUAUAAGUGCCUCAUUGAGGACAAAUCCUGGUAUGAUGACAUCACUCUUCAUGUUAUUGUUGAGGCUCAUGGAAGCCACCCAGUGAUAAUGAUGGAGAGUUAUGGUAACUCAGGAGGGAUUAAUCUAGUGUGUGAGUCCAGAGGCUGGAAACCUGAACCUUAUGUUCUGUGGCUGGACAGAGAAGGAGUCACUCUGACUGCUGAAGAUACACAGAUACACAGAGACACUGAGGGCUUCAGUGUGAAAAGCCGCAUCACUGUUUAUGAUUAUAGCGACUCUAACAGGUUUUACUGCAGACUUCAGCAACAACAUCACAUGAUGGAGACAGACAUUAUCAUCAGUAGUGGAGUCUUUGGUGUUUGGAAGUGGGCUGUCAGCAUUUCAGCUGUAGCAUGUCUUUUUCUUGUUGGACUGAUACUAACUGUGUGUUUUGGCUACAAGAAAGCCUCAGAACUUCAACAGGAGAAGCAACAUGCAGAACUUCUAAAGAAGAAGAUGUUUAGAGUGGAUGUGACUCUGGAUCCUGAUACAGCUCAUCAUCAACUUAAUGUGUCUGUUGAUGGGAAACAAGUGACACGUGUAGACACACCACAGGAUCUCCCUGAUUCACCACAAAGGUUUAAAUUUCCAUGUGUUCUGGGAAAGCAGAGUUUCUCCUCAGGGAGAUUUUAUUAUGAGGUGCAGGUGAAAGGGAAAACUGAGUGGACAUUAGGAGUCGUGAAAGAGAACAUUAACAGGAAGGAGUGGAUUCCACGGAAUCCUCAGAAUGGAUUCUGGACUGUGGAACUGAAGAAUGAGAAUCAGUAUAAGGCUCUUGCUGGUCCCCCUGUCCCCCUCACACUGAGAGAGAAGGUGGAGGUUGUGGGGGUGUUUGUGGAUUAUGAGGAGGGUCUGGUCUCCUUUUAUGAUGUGAAGUCCAGAUCUCAUAUCUACUCUUUCACUGGUCAGACUUUCACUGAGAAACUCUAUCCAUACUUCAGUCCUCGAUACAAAGCAGAUGGUAGAAAUUUAGCACCACUGAUCAUCUCUGAUGUUACUGAAUAAAUAUCUGCUUUACAUUCUAUAAUAUUUUAAACCUUUUUCAUCCUGAUAUAAUCAUCCGUUUAUUUAUGUUAAUUUUAAAUAAUGUAAAAUUAAACAGAGUUUAUUAGGAAUUGUGUUUAAAUGAACACUAAUAAUAUACUUGUGUGAAAUCAGCAAAUAAAAUCAGAUUAAAGCCAUUAUUAGAUUUCUAGAAAUUCUAUGAAGACACAAGGAUGUUAGUGGUUUAUUUAGAGUUUAUAUGCUGUUGGUCUGAUUCCUUUUAGAAACUCAGAAAUAAUGAAAGGAUUUAGAUACCUAUUGAAGCUGAAUCAGACACAUCAGCUUCCAUCUCGGAAAAUGCUACUUUAUUUGUUUACUUUCUAGCUCUUUUACUUGAGUUGAUGUUAACUAACAUUCUUUCCACCACUAACAAGUGGUGUUUUCAGGUUAAGAUUCAGGUUAGUUUUCAGGUUAAGAUACUGUUCAGUGUUUAUUUUCUCCUGAAGAUGAUGUCAGUUUUUAUUGAAUGGUCUUAAUAUUUGAUAAAUGUUUAGUAAAGUUUGUUUUGUGAUUGGAUGUGUGGAUGUAUUUGAAUUAGAGCUGCAUCUCUCCACAGACCUGCAGUUUUAACCUGGAGGAUUUGGAGGAUUCACUAACAUCCCUGUAGUCAGUAACUGUGACUAAUGUGUCAUUUAAAGAUUUGUUAUAUUGCUGAAUGUUUUGUAUGAAGAAGAUCCAGGUGUUUUUUUUAUUGUUUUUUAAAUUAAAGGUUUGUUCUCUUACUUUUUUGUUGCACCAGUGAACAUAAACAAUAAUAUAGAGGAUUGUCUCUAGAUCCAUCAUGACCUAUAACAGGCCAGCGGAGGUCACUGUGACUGACAUACUGGCUGGAGUUCACUCCACUUGCAUCUGAGUCACUGUACAACCUUCAUUAGAGUGACUUAACAACUAAACACUGUGUUUGGGAACAACGACUAAGAAAUUGAUA